AUAGAUCACUGUUGAAGGAAUCAACACACUCCCAAGAUUACUCACUAAAAGCACAAGAAGAGGAUUACAAGCAAUGAUCACUCAAAGAUCAAAAACUCAAGUUAAAGCUCAAGUAGCCCCUUGCUCGAAAAUAGCCGUUUCUAGCCGUUGGGGGUCAUUAAAUGCUUUGCAGGACGCAAAGCUCGAGUUGCAGGAUUGUCAGGAUAGCCGGCUUAACUUCCUAGAGUCGGCUCUGUACAGCCGGCUUACCAUUUCUGCAGCCGGCUUUGCGGGAUUCCUGCACAUUCUGUUUUCUUCGAGAGCCGGCUGCAGAACUUUGAGCCGGCUGCAAAACUUUAAGCCGGCUCGUCAGCGUCAUAGCGACACUGAGGAGGAGGAAAGUGAUUAUGAAGAUGAGGUUGAAAUUGUUAGCAAGAUGAUGAUUAAUGAAGAAUUGCAUGCAAGUUGGGACCAGCCAACCAGGUGUAUUGUCUUCCACGAUGUUGAGCACACAAGGCUACAAGUGUUGGCAUUCCAAUUGACUGAGAAGCUUUUAGGGAAGCAAUGUAGAAGUGGGCGCAUAGGAUAUGGUGCUUGUGGUGCAAGAACAGUGGCUUUUGAUCAAGUUGCUGGAGGGGGCUAUCGGUCCAAUCAGUCGCGGAAAGCAGGUAGAUAUUUCAGGAGGCUUGCUUCAUCGAUUAAAGGUUCCUAGAUGGAUUCUUCAAGCCACAUGGAUUUUUUUGAGGCUGGAUUUGCCCCCACCACCUUAUUUGGAGGGCAAAUUUGAGAGUUCUGGCUUUGGGGAUUUGGCCUCUGCAUUUUUUAAGGUUUAGGGUGGAUUAGAAUUGAAGGUAGAGUUGUGACCCUGAAAUUGUCCUUCACAGGUUUGGUUAUUGAAUUUGAAAGCUGCCCCUUCGUUUUCCAGCCUUGCCUUCCUUCUAGGAAUCAGAAGUCUCACUUUCUGAUUGAUAAAGAAGGAAAAGAAAGCAAAAUUGUAAAAGAAAUUGAAAACCUUUAG